AUGGCAACUCAAAAUCUUGCCGCCGGCAAAUCGAAAAGUGCCUUUUCGAAGGGCAUGUUGACCAUGUACUUCUAUACUGCCGUUGCUAUGGUCAACUCGGCUUGUAACGGUUAUGAUGGAAGUUUGAUGGGAUCUAUCAACGCCAUGGCUCAAUACAACGGCUACUUCAAUCGUUAUGACAACUGUGCUGUUGUUGCAGAUGGUGCCAGCAGCCCCUGCGGUCCUAGUGGUACGUGCCAUUUCACCAUGCAGCUUACCUUUACGAAUCAACUUGAUAUUCAUCUCUAUCCUUAUUAG